UCACGUUGCGAAUCGUCAAUCGAAGAACUUCUUCUCUGUCCUACGAAGCGAUUUUUACAAAGCGAAUUUUUACCAAGCGAACAAAGAAGAAAGAAAAGCAAAAAUGGCUAAAGCACCUGCAGUUGGUAUUGAUCUUGGCACUACUUAUUCCUGUGUUGGUGUAUUCCAGCAUGGAAAAGUAGAAAUCAUCGCUAAUGAUCAAGGAAAUCGUACAACACCUAGCUAUGUUGCAUUUACGGAAACUGAACGAUUAAUCGGCGAUGCUGCCAAGAACCAAGUUGCCAUGAACCCCAACAACACCAUUUUCGAUGCCAAACGUCUUAUUGGUCGUCGUUUUGAAGAUCCCACUGUUCAGGCUGAUAUGAAGCAUUGGCCCUUUACUGUUGUAAAUGAUGGUGGCAAGCCUAAAAUUCAAGUAUAUUACAAAGGAGAGGCGAAGACUUUCUUCCCCGAAGAAGUGAGUUCAAUGGUCCUGGUAAAGAUGAAGGAAACAGCUGAAGCAUAUCUGGGAAAAACUGUCAGUAAUGCCGUGAUCACUGUACCUGCUUACUUCAACGACUCGCAGCGUCAGGCAACUAAGGACGCUGGUACCAUCUCGGGCUUAAAUGUUUUACGUAUUAUUAACGAGCCCACCGCUGCUGCCAUUGCUUAUGGCUUGGAUAAAAAAACUACCAGCGAACGCAACGUCCUUAUCUUUGAUCUUGGUGGUGGCACCUUUGAUGUCUCAAUUCUGACCAUUGAAGAUGGCAUUUUCGAGGUCAAGUCAACAGCAGGAGAUACCCAUCUUGGCGGCGAAGAUUUUGAUAACCGUAUGGUUAAUCACUUUGUACAAGAAUUCAAACGGAAAUAUAAAAAAGAUUUAACUGCAAAUAAACGCGCUCUUCGUCGUUUGAGAACAGCUUGUGAGCGUGCGAAACGCACUCUGUCUUCGUCUACUCAAGCUAGCAUUGAAAUUGAUUCGCUCUAUGAGGGAAUCGAUUUUUAUACAUCGAUCACCAGAGCUCGAUUUGAAGAACUCUGUGCUGAUCUCUUCAGAGGAACACUCGAGCCAGUAGAAAAAUCAUUACGCGAUGCUAAAAUGGAUAAAGCUCAGAUUCACGAUAUCGUUCUGGUUGGUGGAUCCACGCGAAUUCCUAAGAUUCAAAAACUUCUGCAAGACUUCUUCAAUGGAAAGGAAUUGAAUAAAUCUAUCAAUCCUGAUGAGGCUGUGGCAUAUGGAGCUGCUGUGCAAGCUGCCAUUCUUCAUGGUGAUAAAUCUGAAGAAGUACAAGAUCUAUUACUUCUUGAUGUAACACCUCUAUCUCUUGGUAUUGAAACUGCUGGUGGUGUUAUGACUGCUCUUAUUAAGAGAAAUACUACCAUUCCAACAAAGCAAACUCAAACCUUCACUACAUAUGCUGAUAAUCAACCAGGUGUAUUGAUUCAAGUCUAUGAAGGAGAACGUGCUAUGACGAAAGAUAACAAUCUGUUAGGUAAAUUUGAGCUCAGCGGCAUUCCUCCAGCUCCUCGAGGAGUUCCUCAAAUUGAAGUCACCUUUGAUAUCGAUGCCAAUGGUAUUCUCAAUGUCUCUGCAGUUGAUAAAUCUACUGGUAAAGAGAACAAAAUCACUAUUACCAACGAUAAAGGUCGUCUCAGCAAAGAAGAUAUCGAAAGGAUGGUCAACGAAGCUGAGAAAUAUCGUAGCGAAGACGAAAAACAAAAAGAAACUAUCGCUGCUAAGAAUGGUCUUGAGUCUUACUGCUUCAACAUGAAGAGUACAGUGGAAGACGAGAAGUUGAAGGAUAAAAUCAGCGCCAGUGACAAACAAGUUGUACUGGAUAAAUGCAACGAUAUCAUUAAAUGGCUCGAUGCUAACCAAUUAGCUGAUAAAGAAGAAUACGAACAUAAACAGAAAGAAUUAGAAGCUAUAUGCAAUCCUAUUGUCACAAAAUUGUAUCAGGGCACUGGUGGGAUGCCUGGUGGGAUGCCUGGUGGGAUGCCUGGUGGAAUGCCUGGUGGAAUGCCUGGUGGCUUCCCAGGAGCUGGUGGCGGUGCUCCUGGUGGUGGUGCAUCUGGACCUACCAUCGAAGAAGUCGAUUAAAUCGAUUACUCGCUUGCCCACUGCCCUCUCCAUGAUUUACUCCGUUGCAAAGGAUAACAACUUCAAGAACAUAGAAUUAGACAGCUUCGGUCUUUCGUUCCUAAAUAUAUAAUUUAUCUAGGUUUUAUAAUUUUUUUUAUAUCAUUGUAAAAAUCACUUCUGAUUUAUUUAUUUUGUUCUACUGUAAAACUAGACAAAUAAUUUAUUUCAUUAGUAAUUUCCUACAGAUUAUAAUAAACGUAAAAAAAAACUAUUGUACUUAUAUUUUGAAAAUGUGGAUAAAAAAGAUCAGUUGUUGGUUUUCUAUGUUCAAAAAACUGAAAAUAUAAAACAAUCCCUGAAAUACAA